UUCAUCGGGAGGAUUGUAAUCAACCCUCGAGCCGAAAUCAUGUUCAGGUUGCUGAUACCUUGCCUAAUAUGGCUGUCGAGCGUUCGUUCCGAAACCGCCAUGAGCAUGCACAUGCCGGACGGCAUGAUGGAGGACAAAGCGGCGAUGAAAAGGGAGUCCUACUUCAACCCGUGUCCUCCUCCGGUUUAUUCUCAUCCCAUCUCUUACUCGCCACCGCCGCAACUUUUCGUCAAACCCUACGCACCGCCGGUUCCCGUGUCGUACGAUUUUCCUAAACCCAUGAUCACGUACGUGAAACCAGCCCCGGCUCCAGUUGUGGUGAAGCCACCACCUGUAAUCGUGAAGCCGUUGAUUCAGCCGAAAGUGGUGCUGCCUGUCUAUCAGAAACCGAUGCUCUCGUACGCGCCGAUCUAUCAGAAACCGAUCUAUUACGCGCCUAUGUAUCAGAAGCUGAUGUACCAGGCGCCUAAGAUCUAUCUGAAGAAGUACGAGCUACCGGUGACACAAGUGAUCCAGAAACCUCAGAUAUCGUAUCCUAUUCAAUAUCAUCAACCUAAGGUGCUUCAGGUACCAGCGCCAGAGAUCAACAUUGUGAAGCUAGCGCAACCGAUCCUACAUCCCCAGCCUGUCUAUCAGUCGCCUCUAAAACCGUACUGCCCCUAA